CUUGCCCUUAUUCGCUCCAUCAGGCGGCUAAGCGGAAAAAAUAAAAUGGCUACGUACGGAGACGAGUCACUCGACAACUACGUUUACUCCUCGUAUAACCCUUACUCGUACAGAUGCCCGAAGCCCAGGAGCUGGCGGCAGAAGAGCUACCUGAGCGCGUACAGCGACGGCGAGGGCUAUUUCGACAACUACCACCGCGCGCAGCUCAAAUCCAUCCUGUCGCAGAUCAACCCGAACCUCACACCGCGCCUGCGCAAAGCCAACACCAAAGACGUGGGAGUGCAGGUGAACCCGAAGGCCGACGCCUCGGUGCAAUGCUCGCUUGGACCGCGCACUUUGGCUGCGCGCCGGCGGGACGCAGUGCGCAGGCGCAGACCGGAUGGCCAGACACCCGGGAGCCCGGUGAGCACCGGGGUUCGGUUCCCGCGCACACACGCCGUGUACUCCCCGAUCGCCACGCGGGGACUCGCGGCUCUCCUGCAGGACCAUGAUGAUGAUGAUGAUGAUGAGCAGCAGAAGUGUGGAGGAAGGACAGAAGAGGUCGAGAGCACAGAUAAGGGCGAGGAGCUGGAAGAGGGCGUGGAGGACAAAGAACCAAAACCCAAAAAAUCCAAACCAAAGCUUAGUCCCAGGAAAAACAAUGAUGAAGGCGAGCAGAUAAAAGUGGACGAUGGAAUCAAGAGUGAGAAUGAGAAAAGCGGUCAGGACGACUCCAAGUCCAAGGGGAGAGUGCGCUUCCAGUUUUUGGAGCAGAAGUACGGCUACUACCACUGCAGAGAGUGCAACCUUCGCUGGGAGAGCGCCUACGUGUGGUGUGUUCAGGGCACAAACAAGGUUUAUUUCAAGCAGUUUUGCAGAACGUGCCAGAAGGCUUUCAACCCAUACCGGGUAGAGGACAUAACCUGUCAGGGCUGCAAGAAGGCGCGUUGUACAUGUCCAGGGACGGCACGCCACGUGGAUCCUAAACGGCCACACCGACAAGACCUGUGUGGUCGCUGCAAAGGCAAACGGCUCUCCUGCGACAGCACGUUCAGUUUUAAGUACAUCAUAUAGUGCGUCCUCUGAUCCCUGCACAGAAUCUAUCCCGAUGGCGGUUCACUGCUGUUCUAACUAAUGCAUGGGCAAGGAUCUCUGCCAUCCUUGGCCUCCACCAGGGACGACCUCCGAGACUGAAGCAGAAGUCUUGAAGAGGGAGGCCUUGUACCAGCGCCAAAGACUGUGAUGGUUUUUGUUUUCAUUCACUUGUGUUAAACAGCAGCGGUCUCAGUAGUGAACCAUUUCGGAAAAUUGAAAAUAAAUCGAAAUUAACAGCA